AGCACACGGCCUUACGUGUCUGUGCGUGAUUUUGCGAUGUUUUUAACCAUUUUUGUCUGAUAAAAAUGGACCGUAACCGACCGGGUUUGUUGCGCAGGGGAGCAGCCGCCUUUCUGGUGUGCUUCCAGACCCUAGCGCUACUCACACACGGCGGACGAAACAGAGAGAGCGGGACAAAAAUAAGUGUGGGGAUCCACACCGUCAGCGUGGCUGAAAAAGCCAAGUAUCGCGUGGUGGUUCGGUACAAGAAGAGGAGACGUUGUACCGCAUGGAAGAAAGUGGCCACCCAGGACUGGGACUUCACUGCAGAGUUUGCAGAAUGCGCGCCACAAGAGAUGAGGAAGGUUAAGGUGGAGUUGCAGAAGAAGAAGAAAUGUAAGGAGAAAACUAUCGGAGUUACCACCCUGGACCCGGCAAGGGCUCUACAGCCAAACGCGUACGGCCGGCCGGUGAAGGAUUGGUACGUCUUCGAUCCACCCAAGAAGGGACGACCAAACAAUUACAAGAAUGUGUGUUGUCUGGAGGCUACCGUAGCUGUGUACGGUCCGGGAAAGACAACUACACAGAAGACAGGCUCCCCUACCCCUAAGCCUUCUGUGGGAAAACUUCGCACCAAACCGGUGAGCGCGACUGAACUGAGGGAGAAAUAUGGGACAAAGAAGACCACGUCUCAGACAGUCGGUGCAAAGAAGCUGGACAAGACUAACCAGGGCAAGCCCGCAGCACCCUCUAGCGGAGACAACACGAAGCACAAGCCUGCGUCUUCAUCGCCAAGUGCAGCGAACGGCUCUCCAAGUUCGACUGCAACGAACGGAGCUGGGGAUGUCAAGCCCAGUCGGUUCCACAGGUUGUUUGGCUCCUUCACCAAGAAGAAGAGUGAGACGACAACGUCCGUUGAUGAAGGAGCUUCCACAAAGCCUCAUGAGAAGACAACUGGUGAGACAGUUGUGACUGAAGACCAACUGGAGAGAUCUUCGGAGAAAGAGGAGACUAAACUUGCCUUGAAGUCCGUCUCCCAGCCAGUUGAGGGAGAGAAACCAGACAAGAGUGAACAGGACAAGCUACCAGACAAGCCCUCCAGCGGAUCCGUAGAACGCACAGAGCUGAAACCUGCAUCUCCCUCUACGACAAGCACUUCUGCAUCAAGCUCAGCAGCAACAGACAAGUCCCUCACCAACGGAGAGGGCGACGCCAAGAAGAGAAAGAGUGAGCGCCCUUCCCGAUUCCGACAGUUGGUCGGCUUUAUAACAAAGAAAGACGACAGCAAGACGACAACGGCAAUUCCAACAGCCAAGCCGCCACCCCCACAAUUCACCGACCCAGUCUGCAAAGAGGUGAUGUUGUCCAUUCACACUCUAUGGGCUGAACUGUUACCAAAGAGAGCUCAUUCCAAAGAGCUGUUAGCCUACGCCAACACUCUCAUGUCUAAGCUGGAAGCAGCCGCCCCACACACAAAGGACAACACCAUCCUCAAGAACCUGUUCGCUAGGGUUCCAGACUACACUCACUACGAGCUGCCAGAGAUGGCAGGUUUGAGCCUACACGAACUGAACCAGAUUCAGAAGACGGUUGUCUUCUUGAUUGAAGAUGAGGAGAAGCGAACGACGUACUUUAGACGGUGGUUAAUCGAUGACAUCUGCCGGGUGGCCUUAGAGGAGGCUCCGCAGAUUCUGGAAACAGCCGCCCCAUCUACUAGUGGAGGUGGCUCCACUCCACAAGAAAAGAGGCCCACCACCCCACCUGAGAGAAAGUAG